AUGCUUCGCCGUCAAAUCCUCUCGAACCGACACAACCUGAUGCGGCGCCCGACGCCCAGAAGCUCAGCCAGGCUGCCGGCCCCGGGUCGCUGCCGAUCCACCGAGACCCCCAACACGGCCAAGAUCGAUCGCAUCACCUCGAAGCUCCCACGGCGACUGCAGAAAUACACGCAGGGCCUGCGCAACGCGCCCGUUCCACACGUCGUAUCGUUCCUCAUCCUGCACGAGCUGACGGCCAUUGUGCCCUUGGUCGCGCUGUUUGCACUUUUCCACUACACCACGUACGUGCCGCUGACGUACGUGACGGAGCACUUCGGGAGCUACGUCGAGGCGGGCGUGUCGCGAUUUGAGAGGUACUUCCGUCGUAAGGGCUGGUUUGGAUUCGAUGAAGGUGUUUCCGGAGAGACUGUGAAGCCGAUGCAAGAGAGCUUGGAGCAGCCGCAGGACGCUGUUGGCAAGUGGCAGACCGGUGAACCGAAGUACAAGAUCUUGGUGGAGGUUUCUUUGGCCUACGCAAUCACUAAAGCACUGCUUCCCUUGAGGAUCGUUGGCAGUGUGUGGGCGACACCUUGGUUUGCAGGUGUUCUCAUCAACCUACGAAAGCUUGUAUUAAGGAGAUAG